AUGCGCCUUCAAACCCUCAUCCAAUUCACCCUCUCAUCAACAAUCCUCGCCCGAUCCCCCGAUCCCUCCCUCGGCUCCACCCUGAACAUAACCGUCCUCGGCGCGCGCCACAAUCGCUCUACCCUAGAGUGCUGGGCUCUUCAGUCAGGAUUUGAAACUUCUGUUCAGCCCGGGCAGGUCGGCAGCGCCGCGCUAGAUUUGGGCACUAUCGGCGGGAACGCGUCGUUUACGGUCUUGCCGGCUGGGUUUGAUGGAGGUAGACAUAACGCGCCUGCUUUGCAAUGGGUGGUCUUCCUGUCUGGUUUAGCGCAUAUCACGCUCCCUAAUUCGACUACCGAGGCCUGGAUUGAAGGUGGCAAGAAUGGAGUCAUACUGGCCCUCGACACUGCUGAUGUCAGUUCAUUGGGCCACUUCACCACGUACCCCUCGCAGGACCAGACGACAUCCGUGCUAAUCCCCCUUGGAGAGAAAGGGGUGCCGAGUCAUCAGGUCCUGCACAAGGGUCCCUGUCAGGGCGAGGAGUUGCUGGUAUAA